ACCUUGAGGGGCUUACAGGUGCAUUCAGGUGUAACAGAUCCUGCACAGUCAAGGCAACAGUUCUUUAUCGUGAGGAAAGAGAAAUUUGAUGUAAGCUUUGAAUCUGAGUGGUGAGAAAUGUGUUUGUAACAACAUGUCUCAACGAGGUGUCGGGAGGUAUUUUUGCUUCAUAAAGAACAAGGUGAGCUCAGACUGGAAGGACCUGGCUUGGUGUCUUGGGUUUGAGACACCAGACAUAGACAACAUUGACACCAAACACCGGGAUGACAAGUCUCGCUGUAUGGACCUGUUACAGCAAUGGUACAAGCGGGAGGGAAACGCUGCCACCAUACAUGUGCUGAUGGAGGCCCUACAAGAUGCAGAGCUACAACAUGUGGUGGACAGUCUGAAGGACAAACAUCCUGAUGAAUUUGACUUUGUCCAACUCACAGAACAUCAAUUGCUCCUCCAAGAGAACAAAAGGAAAGCUCUCCAAGAUGAUGCAGCUGACAGUCCAAGAAAACGCUUCCAGACCAACCCAGUUCUCCUGCAACCAACAGCGAGGGAACAGGCUGGGAACACUGAUGCCAUAAGGGAAGAGGUAAAGAAGCUGAAAGAAAAAAAUGAGAAAUUGGAGAAAAUCAUCCAAGAACAGAACAAGAAAAUCCAUCAACUUCAGGAGACCGACAAGAACAUGGAGGCUAGAAUAGAGGAGCUGAUGACAGCCAAGCAACCGGUGGGGAGUUUGAAUCAGCGGAAACAUCUGUUACAAAUCAUGCCAGACAUUUACAUGGAUAAGUCAAAGGCAACAAAGACACGACAAGUCAAACGGUCUGUGGUUCAGCCCCAAAAGAAAGAUGUAGGUACGAAUGUCAGGUCAACCAUGGUGGAACGACCAUGGGUGAGUAAAGUCAGAUUUGGGGGAAGGGGAUCAGGUAGGGGGAAAUUUCAAUGGCCUUAUGGAGUAGCUGUAUCACAGGACAAUGAGCUUUACAUUGUUGACCCCAACUUUGACAACAACUUGUAGCACCUUUUCAAUUUUGAAAAGUUAAAAAAGUGCGUACUUUAUUCGAGAAUAUACGGUAACAAAAGAAUCCAGGUGUUCACAAUGGAUGGUGUUUAUAUCAGACAGUUCACAACAUCUCUGCCUGGGGAAACUGAUAAAAAGCUAAAACCUGAGGAAGUUGCUGUAGAUAGAAAUGGCAACCUGUGGGUGGUGAGUAAUUCUCAUGUAGUGCAGUAUUCGAGGGAAGGCACAAGUUUGGCCAAAAUAGAUCUUCCAUAUGUUGAAUACAGCCAUGGCAUAACUGUAGCUAUGGCAACAAACCAGGUGAUUGUCACAGAGUAUGAUGGGAAGAACGGACGACUUCGAGUAUUUAAGCAAGAUGGCUCUGACAUGGGUAGAGCCAUGAGUACAUAUGGUUCAAGCCAUAG